CUACAACAUGUAAACAAAUUAUUCUCGAUCAUUGCUUCUAGUCACAAUUAAUACAGAUUUGAACACUGUACUCAUUAUUCUCCACUUCCAAUUUUUAUACCAGCCGCAUGGCGCGGGAAAUACGAAUACAGAGAAACGUUAUAGCAGCUUUCAUGGUUUCUGGUCUGAUUUUAAAAAAAAACUAGCUUAAAUGUUAAGAACAUAUUACAUGACAGAACUACGUUUGUAAGUUAAUCUUGUUUUGAUGUCUUCUUGAUGCUGUCAUGCCGCCCCAAAAAGUCACCGCUCUGAGCAGUGAAAAUGCCUUUAUAUUGUUGCAUGUCAAAGACCUCCUGCCUAAGAAAUCUUUGGUGAAUAUCUGUGGAAAAGUGACAGCUGUCAGCGAGAUUUUUGAAAUCAAUAAAGACUAUGUUUUCUGCAUUGAGCUUCAGUAUGGAGUUCCAAUUAUUGUGAAGCAUUCUCAGUAUCAUGGGUGGCAGCAGCAGAUGUUGCCAGGCAAAGCAAUAGUGCUUACAUCUCUUCGACCAACAACACUUGCCAAGGAAUACAAGCCACCGCAGAGGGUAUAUGUGCCUUGGACUGGAAGCUGUUUGAUUCCAAAAGAUUCUAACAUUGAGGAACUAAGUUUGCAGGAUUGGCUUGCAAAUUAUGGUGUUGCCCCUCCACAAGCCACCAUGGUACCACCAAAUUUCAAAGCAGACUUCAAGCUUGCUUCAUUUCAGGGUGUUGUCACAGACAACAGUACAAGAGCAUAUGGAGUAAUAGUUCUUGAUAGCACUACAAGACUGUUUCUGACUCAUCUGCCGAAGUUAAAACAUCACAAGUCUUUAGAAGUGGGAGACAUUGUUACUCUUUACAAUGUUCACCAGAGAAUUUGCCCACAGACGAAAAGAGAAGCAGCUGUUUUGUUGUGUCAGAUCAAGAAUCUGCAUUUUACAAAAAAAACCCUCUGAGACAAAAAGAGAAGAGCAGCAAGGGUCUCUUCAAAGUCUCCUACGUGAUGACAGCUUCACUAUGUCUGACACACUGGCUCUCAUUCACCUUCACCAGAACAUUGUGACAACGCUGAGUGUCAGAUCACAGUUUAAUGUAAAGAAUGUGAUGAGACACCUGGUGUAUAAAGUUUGGAAUCAGGGUGUAGAAAGGCGUCGAAGGAAUUUUCUUCUGGAAUUUUGUCAGCCUGAAGCUUUUUGUCCAUUUGCCAAUGAUCAGG